AUGAAACUUCCUAUUCAAUUAAUAAUAACAAUAAUAUCACUCCAAUCAUUACCGCUACUAAACGCCUUAGUCAUAGACACAUCCAACUAUCUGCCCUAUCCUCCAGAAGACAACCCUUCACAAAUAAAAUCCACAAAUGAAUUAAAUCCAUAUCCUUAUACCGACCAAUACACAAAAAUAUUCAGUAAUGAAUUAAUAGAAUGUAUGAAACAAAUAGAAGAAUCUCAAUUAACCAAGAAUUGUGAAUUCAAUUAUGGUCAACUGGUAUGUAAUUGUCAUUUCAUUGAUUUGAUACAACGUGGAUGUAAGAAUGGGACUAAUGAUGUUAAUUAUUGGUAUUUGGAGAAUGCGAAUGCUGAAUUGAAAUGUAACAAGGAAGAAAUUGACAAGGUGAUUAAAGGAGAAAAAGGGUAG